UGGAUUUCGGAAACGAGGCAUCUCAAAUAUGGGCACAGAGUAGAAAUUUUCUAUUCUGUGUUUUGGGUCACUAUUAACAUGAAUUACAAUUACUCCCAAGGAUGACACAAGAGCUAAGUUACAUGCAACUGAAAACUGCCAACGAAGCAAGAAUUUCGGAGGAGCAACGAACAGAACAGAGAAAAAGAAACAUUUUAUUACUCAUUUUGCAUUACUUGACUGAAGAUGGGUAUCUAGACACAGCUCAUGCUCUUGAAACAGAGGCUGGUGUGAGUUUAAAAAAAUUUGAAAUAUGCGACAAUAUCGAUUUGCAAACAAUUCUUCAGGAAUUUGAGACAUAUUACCACGUUAAAUUCAACAAAUGGCCAAAAAUAACAAAAAGAGUUAGAGAUAGCGGUGAUCCAAGUUUAAAAGGCGGAUCUUCCAAGAGAAGAAUUUCUUCAAAGGAUUUUACAAAAAGCAACUCGAUUUCACUUCCCAACAUUGAUCCUCAAAAUGAAACCCAGAAAUCGUCAGCAACGAAGAGACCGUCAAGUGACACAAAGCGAAAGACUCUCAAAGCAAAGCCACCAAUCAAUAAAAACCCGGAUGCUUCGGAAGUCGCAAAAUCUCCCAGUUUAGACAACCUUGAUAUGGGGCUAUCGGUGCAGUCACUAGGCACACAUCAAAAACAACCACAAGAAGUAACAAGAGUCGAAAACGUUCAUGGAAAGAAAGUGGUUAUUGACUACAGAGCAAUGCUAAACAACGCUCUAAGUGGAUCACAUGUGACUGAGUUUGCACCUUCGGAAAAAUUACUGAAGCCUUUGGGAGGAGUUCCUCAUCUAACAGGCGAGUGGAGGGACCUUGCUGCUGUGGUGAGCAAGGACAUCUAUUUGGAGAAUCCAAACGUGACCUGGAAUGACAUCAUUGGAUUGGAUGAAGCUAAGCGUUUAGUAAAGGAGGCAGUGGUUUAUCCAAUCAAGUAUCCGCAGCUGUUUACUGGUAUCCUGUCACCAUGGAAGGGAUUAUUGCUUUAUGGUCCACCAGGCACAGGGAAAACACUUCUUGCAAAAGCAGUUGCGACCGAGUGCAAUACAACAUUUUUCAACAUCUCUGCAUCGACGAUAGUGAGCAAAUGGAGAGGGGAUUCGGAAAAGCUUGUCAGGGUAUUGUUCGAGCUUGCAAGGUUCCACGCACCUUCGACAAUAUUUUUGGAUGAACUGGAUUCCCUUAUGAGCCAACGAGGCGCUGGAAGCGGCGGAAGUGGAGAGCACGAAGGCAGCAGAAGAAUGAAGACAGAACUGCUGGUUCAAAUGGAUGGACUCUCGAAAUCUGAGGACCUGGUCUUCCUACUAGCUGCAUCAAACCUUCCAUGGGAGCUUGAUCAUGCAAUGCUGCGUAGACUGGAGAAGAGAAUAAUCGUCGACCUUCCGAAUGAUAAGGCGAGGAAAGCAAUGUUUGAGCAUUACCUGCCUCCUGAAAUAUCGAACGUGAAAAAUUCUGUGAGGAUGACGUCAAAAAUUGAUUAUGAUUUGCUGGCACAGGCGACUGUCGGGUACUCAGGUUCCGAUAUCUGUCUGGUAUGCAAAGAGGCAGCAAUGCGACCAGUGAGGAAAAUAUUUGCAAUUCUUGAGGACCAUGAAAAAGGGACAAAUAUAGAAGAAGCAAUCUCAUCUUUACGCAUUGACCCAGUUACAACGGAGGAUGUGAAAAUCGCAUUGGAGAGAACUAAGCCAUCCACGGCAAAGCUAAGAGCCAAGUACGAGGCAUGGCAAAAACAGUUCGAAUCUGUGUGAUCCAUUUUGAUUUGUAUAUUAUAGAUUAGCUUUAAAGUUAACAUAUUUUUAUGGUAUUAGUUAAUAGUUACCUCAAAUUAAAUUUUCGGAUUAUACUUUCUGUAGUUAUUUUUCCUUCAUAUUUUCUAUAUUCAGUCAUAGCAUGAGAUGAAAUAUAAGUGAAAAUGUAAAGAAAAACAGGUGAAUGUAUAAAUUACUUUGGUGAAUGCUGAAAUACCAGCUCUUAGUUGCGAGAUUAUCGGUUCCAAAAAAAAAAUUUGGAAAUAUUGGGAAAAAAAUUUGUGGCUAGUUUUCUGUGGGGUUGUUGAAGGAGCAGAGCAGAUUUCAGCACCGAACAAAACCCACCCCCCGGU